AUGCUCCUGGACCGCCUUGACGUCAAUCUCGGAGGAGCCCGCGCGAGACGGGCGGGGGGCGUAGGGUGCGCACGUCAGGAGCGGUACGGGCGGUUGGUGACUUCUCAGAGUGUGCGGUGCGUGAUGUCAGAAGAGACAGAUAACAUUGCAGUAGAAGAAAAUGUAGACAAGCAUCUCCAGAAAGAUGUAGAAGAAAAUCAAAACAUAUUAGAAACACUGAGAGGCAAAGUAAGAGAAAAGCUAAAAAAUCCUAAGAUUAAUCAAGGUGAAAAAUCUUCAACUCACCUACUCACUGAUGAUAAGAUAUAUCAGUGGUCUAAGGUGAGCCCACAGACUAAAGUCUCUUUGGAUGAAGGUCUUUCAUUUUUCAUUCUUAAUGGUGAAGAAGGCUCAGCUUUGGGGAAGUCUUCAGUGCAGAGAUCAGUAAAUGAUGGUUACCCCAAACAUAUUUCACCUGGUGAUAAUUUACAAAAUUUUGCUGAAGGCCAAGAUGAAUAUUGUAUGGAAGAAGUCACUUUUCCCGAUUUACUUGAAGUAAAAGCUGCUGAAUACAAAGAUGAUCAAGAAUAUAUCAAAAAACAGCAGGCAAAUAUUUUUGUGCCAAGUAGUUCUCCAGUGAUCAACCAGUGUAAACUACCAAAACAUAAGAUCCCACGCUUUUUAGAAGAUGAAGGAUUCUAUGUUCAGAGAAAGCCAGAAAUAUACAAAAAGACCUGCAACAAAAUGGAACAUCGCCUGGUUAACCUAGAGGAGGGAAAGUGUUGGUUUGAAGAAAGUGGAGAAAUAAUGUCAUUACCUUCGCCUAUUAGACAGUCGUGGAAUUUCAGACUAAACAUAAUCAAGGAAUCUUUAAAUCCAGCGCUAAAGACCAUCUACAGGAAGGCUGUGAAAUCUGAUCCAGAAAGCUCUAUUAAAAAAAAAAUUGAAGGCCAAAGGGAAAUGUACCAAUUAGAUCUCAACAUUGUGGGCUUGCAAUUCAGCCAUCAUCCUCUCUUCAAUCAAGAACAAGUAUUAUGUGCUAGGCUGCUCCAACUUUAUGAGUGUUUUCAGGACAGACAGCAACAGAAUUUGUCUCAGCUGCUCUAUGAGAAGCUUAAAUCAUUGAGUGACACUAUCAAAUUACAAAGUGAAAAUUUGGAAAUAAGCCAGCUGACCACAAAAUCUUUACAAGAUUAUUCCUGGCAAAUAAGUAAUACAAAGCAGCUCUAUGACUUAGAAAGGAAAAAGGACUUCUCCCUGCUACAAAGUAUAUUACGGACUUGGAAACAGAUAAAAUCCCUUCGCCAAUGGCAGGGGUUUACAAGCACUUCAAUAAAGUUACAGUUUCAGAGGAUAAAAAUGAAUAAAUAUGAUGAACAAAAACAAGAAAAACUGUCAAAAAUGCCUGAGAAGAAAACUGAAGAAGCAUUUAAGAAUGGGGAAAAACAGGAGAGCCUCUUAUAUUUGACUUCAGAACCGGAAGAAACAGAUACUGAAAGAAUAAAGCCAAUUACUUGGAUACCACAACUUUCUUUCACAGCAAAAUUAACAGACUUAUCCAAAUGCUCACUGCAUGAACAAAGGAGGAGAGCCAAAAUUCAGAAGCUUAGAUAUUUUAUUAAAAUAUUAUACAAUGAUAAACAGGUUUCUUGCACUUCAGUAUCUCCCCUACAGUUUGAUUUUAAAGUCAUGUUUCAGCAAAUUUUCAAUAUUCAGUUAAUAUAUUGGCCGGAAACAAUUUGCUUGGAGGUUUAUGAAAUAAGUAAAAGGACAAGCUUACUGGCAAAACUAUAUAUACCUUUACCUAACACAGAGUUGAAAAGCAAAACUGUUUUGGAAUAUGUAGAGUUUAGCUCUAAUGAGGUGGCCACACCAGCCUAUGGAGGAGUAGGAAGCAAUGUGCCUUUUCUUCUUGAGGGAAAUGGAGCUGAGGAAGUUUGUCUUUUGACAUCAGGAAAACUAAGCUAUGCUCUAUCAUGGGCUUUAGAUGAAAACGGUACUCCUCUGACACCUAUGUCACAGCCACUAAGAUCUGCUUGUAGCAGUGUGUUCAGGAAUGUAGAUGCAAGAGGCAUUCCUGGAAUUCCAUGGCUCAUUAAUGAACAGAAGCUUUUUGAAUGGGCUAAUGAAGCCAGAAUUGAUCCAAAUAAUCCAGAAUAUUCUGAUUUAGUGGAAUUUGUCAUGCACAUGAAACAUAAAGGGCAGGAUAUUCCAAAGUAUUUUCGUCUUGAACAGUUGCAAGAUGAAUUUAACUUUGUUUCUGAAGAAGAAAUGAAAAAAAGUAAACGUUUCCAGCUAUUGCAACUCAGAAAUGCAGGUCACUUAGAUGUUUUCCUUCUUCAGCAAAUGCCUCUCUAUGAUAGAGAGAUUCCAGAUUUCAUCUUCCAGGAAUAUGAAGGUCAGAUAGAGAAGGGAAUACCCAUUUCAGAUGUGAAUUCUAUUACAGCAGAAAGGGUUAAUUCUGCCAAUUUUCUGAAAAAGGUAACAACAAAAUACCAGUUGAUGCGUGCAGUUUGUAAGCUUCUUGAGCGACGAAGAAAGUUAAAGCCUCAAAGGAAAGAAAGGAAAAAAGCGGCAGCACAAACUCUCUGUGGUGGAGAUGUGAAGGUCGUUGUCAGAAUACUGAGGGCUCACAAUAUUCCUACCAGGAGCACAACAGUUAAUAGAGCCUUGGGUAUGCCUACGUAUUUGGUAUCAUCCGUAUCUCACCUUGGACAUAAAGAAACAAUAAAAUCAGUAGCCUCAGAUGAGAUCUUAAAUGAGAUAAUCAGUGUUUAUUAUGUAUUUCAGGAUACUGUACACCCUUUUGUGGAAGUUUCCUUUCAACACAUUGUAUACCAAACACAUAUUGCAAGUGGAUCUCAUCCAUCUUGGAAUGAAGAAAUUAAAGUAGAUUUUAUCUCACCAGGCAAUGAUUAUAGUCUGUCAAGCUUAUCUAAAAUAACAGAUAAUAUAUAUAUCAAUAUUUUUGAUGAAAUGAUUAUUGAAAAACAAGAGGAUCACUGUUGCAAGAGCUGCAGAGGUCAUUCAUAUGCAAGAAAGAAUUGGCUUGGAUCCAUUAUCUUCCCUUUCUCUGCUCUUCUGCAACAAUCUGAGAUUAGUGGAACGUUUCAAGUAAAUAUUCCACCAAUUUUGCUUGGGUAUACUUGGAGUAAGACUUACAUGUCUCCUGAAGAAGAUUUUAAUGGGCAGAACUUAAAAGAAAGUACCUUCUUAAAAAUUUUUGCUACCAUUGAGCCUCAAAUAUCAUAUGUCACCUAUAAUUCAGAACUAGACAAGUUUUCAGAUGAAACAGACAUUUUGCAGAGGGCACAGAUUUUUAAAAAAAAUUGUAAAGGAUUGUUCCCCAAACGAAGAAUCACAACUACUGUUUUUAAUGAUGAAGGGAUACAAAUCUUAGUAACAAGAUAUAUCAAGGCAUUAAACCCACCUCAGCAACUCCUGAAUAUAUUUCUUCAUGAUUCUAAUGCAACACUUGACCUCAUUGCUCGCUUUGUAUCUUUGAUUCCUAUUAUGCUCGAUACACUGGAUGAAAAUGAUGGUUUUGAUAUAUGGAUGACAUCAGAGGGGCAAGUGGCUUAUGUAUUAGCUCAAGAAACUGAUGAAUAUUUGCUUUGGAAUCCAUUAACUGGGAAAUGUCAUAAACAGUUUGACCCAUUUUGUCCCUUACAAAGUGUAGACUGUUUGUUUGAUGAUAGAAAUAUCUGGUUUAAUAUUCAACAAAAUAAUACACCAAUGGCUGUACAUUUUGACUAUUCAAAGGAAAGUUUCUGGAAACAAUUGCUUCCAAACAAUUUUCAAGGGACAAAAGCACAAAGCAUACAGCCUGAGGAAAUAAUUUAUUCAGAGACGAAUAAAAGCAUGGUGGGAGAUCUAACGAACAGGAUUGAAAGGAGUCUGAAAUGUAAAAUGAUGGAAUGGCGACCUAAACAGCCAACACGCUGGAAUCGACAAUGUUCUUUUAUUUUGAGAAAAAUCCUUCCUAAACUAGAACUUAGCAUGGGAAGCUUUGUUUCAUCUGAAGAAGAGAGUGAAUUUGAAAGACUACAACAAGUUUAUUGGGUCACAGGAUUUCCUAUCCAGAUGCCAUACACUGAUGUACAGUCAGUUAUUGAUGCCGUGUAUCAAACCGGAAUUCACUCUUCUGAAUUUCCUCAGACAGAAUUUGCUCUAGCUGUAUACAUUCACCCAUACCCAAACAACAUUUUAUCUGUGUGGGUCUAUUUGGCUUCCUUAGCUCAACAUCAGUGA